GACUCCGCGGUCUGCAGGCGCGAUGGAGCAGCUGGUAUUGAGAUCUAUCUGCAGACUGAUUUGGAUCUGGCCAGCAGUGAUGCUAUGUAGGGCAAAAGUGGUAACUCAAAAUGUAAGCAAGCCAUUGCACUCACCUGCUUCCUUAAGAUGUUCUCUGCAAGGUCCCGAGGAAGUUGUGAUUGUGACGUGGCAGAAAAUCAAGCGUUUAAGUCCAGAAAAUAUGGCCACAUUCAGCAAGAAGUUUGGAGUUGUGCUUCAGCCUGCCUAUAAGGAUAAGAUAAACAUCACCGAACUGGACCUCAAAGAGUCAACCCUUACCUUCUGGAAUACUACCCUGGAGGAUGAGGAGUGUUACAAGUGCCUCUUCAAUACCUUCGGUGCUGGGCAGAUCUCUGGAGUCACCUGCCUCAGCCUCUCUGUACAGCCCACUGUAUUCCUUCACUAUGAAUUCUUUGAAGACUACCUAAAUAUCACUUGUUCUGCCAAUUCUCGGCCAGCCCCUGUGAUCUCCUGGAAGAUUUCUGGGUCAGGAAUAGAGAACACUACUGAGUCUAUCCCACACCCCAAUGGGACCACGUCUGUCAUCAGUGUUCUCCAUGUCAAAGAUCCUGAGAGUCAGAUGGGGAAGGAGGUGAUCUGUCAGGUGCUGCACCUGGGGACUGUGACUGACUUUAGGGAAACGGUGAAAAAAGGCUUAUGGUUUUCAGUUCCACUAAUACUAAGUAUUGUUUCCCUCAUAAUUCUUCUGGUAUUAAUCUCAAUCUUAUUAUACUGGAAACGUCACCGGAACCAGGACAGAGAGCCCUAAAGGAGAUACACAGAGCCUUUAAGAUUUUCCCUGGUUUACUUGAAUCUGAUGUAAAAGGAGAAGAGGAAGAAAAAAGUUUUCCUUCAAAAGAAAAAGAAAAUGAUGUAGGAAUAAAACACCUACGAAUUUUAAGACUAACAGCUCUGCGACCUGGUGCUGUGUGAGUUGCAAGAGGGAAUUAUUUUACCUCCCAGGUCUGUUGUAGGACCUGAUUUUGUAACAUACUGCAGUGUUAUAUUGAUAGGACAUGUUAUAUUGAUAGAACACUGGAUUUAGAAUAAGAAGGCGCAACUGAGAGGCUCAAUUUAGACCCAACUGGUGGUAGCCCUUCAUUAGUCACUUUAUCUUUGAACUUCAUGUCUGCAUUCAGAAAAUAACUGUUGGGUCAGAUAAAUUUCCAGUCUGCUGUAAAAACUGUUCUAAUUCCAGGAUAGAAGGAAUAAAAAAAGGUCAAAGAGUGAAAUGAGAUGUUAGAACAUGGAGAGAUUAAGGACCAAAGCCCUUCUCUGAAACUACACUACCUAUUGCCUUUCCGUUAAUAUUAUGUAUAUAUCCUCUGCCCUAAGGUGUUCUUAGGUCCAUGGGUCUGUUUGUAAUGAGCCCACUACCUGUUUAUAGCUUUGCUAAUAACUUACCGUUCUGUCAUCCCAGUUUCACUGAAUAGCUUCUUAAUUUACAUCUGUGAAAUUUGCCACAAUGAAAAUAGGCUGAAUUUGUUGCAAAAUAAAACUGGCAAGUUUUACUCAUCUAACUGUAAAGCAGAGUAGCAAUUCUUAGUCUUAAAAAGCAACUCACAUUUUUUAAAAAUGCAUGCAUUUCUUGUCCAUUUGUCUUAUCAUUUGAUUCGACCCUAUUAUAGUCAUCUGAAGUCAGUGUAGUAUAAUGAAAAUAUAUUACUUGUAGAAGAAACAUUUAAGUUUUCUGAAUAGCAGUUAGCUACUUCAUAUUCCAUGAUUCUCCUGGCUUCACUGAUCAUGAGUUAAUUUCUGAAAAUUGCAUAAGAGACAUGUCUGAGCAUUAUUCCAUUGCUCCAAAUAGAUUGUUCUAAUUACUGGGACAAUUUUAUCUUCAUAAGUAAUAACAGACAAAAUGAGUGACUUUUUCAGUAUCUUUUGUUCUCUGUUCAGUGAACUAGGAACCAAAACUAAAACUGAUUUUACUAUUGAAUUUGAUAUUUAUAUAUUUGGCAAACUUUUCAUGUUAUUUAAUUCUGUAUUAUUUCUUAUGUUUGAAUUACAUCAUUAUUAAAAUAUCAAUUCAAAAUAUUUUGUUUAUGAUAUUAUUUUGGGAAAAGUGUAAAGUUAAUGAUAAUACUUGCACUUUCUCUGUUUGUGAAACUCUCCUCCCAUAUUACCGCCCAAAGAAAGCUAUUGAAAUUUCUGAUUAAUCAUGUCACAGAUUAAAUGUCCUUAGUGUCUGUCUCUGAUCAAAUUGGUGUCGGUCUCUUUUUAACAUUAGUUAUUUUGGAGUGUUUCUUUAUGC